CGGAGCUCCUCUCCCCUUUCCCACGACCCAGCGCCCGUCACCAGUCAGCAUUCAACAUCCAACCAACAACCAACCCACAUCAACCCGCCCGUUGUGUGGUCCCUCCUGUCGUGACUUCUCUCCUUGCUGCCAUUGACCUCGGCGCCCACCUCGACUAGCUCCCCACCACCCAUGGCUGGGUCGAGAACACUACACCAUCCUCAAGCAUCCGUCUUGUUAUUGCCAAUCCGAGCUGACCAGUGCGACCUGUGUUCAAAGACCUGGGGCACCAUCCGAAGGUCCUCACCACCACUGUCACCCUCGCACCCUCGCCCUCACCCUCACGCCCGCACUUGUAGACCAGGCAGGCGCACUUGACCUGUCCAAUAAUUCCCGACGCCCCACCUGGCAUCGGCCAGCAACUGGCACCCCCCCCCAGGGCUCCAGCACCCCAGGCCAUAAUCCAGAUCUUGGGUCCUCUUUCGUCAAUUUGGCCGACAGGGUCCUCUGGAGCGUCGCUCCACCCCAGCACCGUCUGAGCUCCCUCCUGGAAGCCUGACAUCGUCCCUGGUCCCGUCCUUGUCACUCGUCUCCAGGCCCGGGACAGAGGAAGAAAGCCCGCUCUGGAGAUUCUGAAACAUUUCUCGUCCAUCGAGUCCAUGACCUGCUGAGGUUUCACCGGCGCUCUCACGGCUGCUACUGUGCACUCCUCGUCCCGUUUUGGAACCCGCUGCCCCUGCUGCCCAUUGCUACUCUCCUUAAUAACACACACACACACACACCACCUCGACCGUAGCCCUGCCUUCUCGGUCUGGCCCGAAGACGAGGACGCAAAUCCAACAGAGACUGCCUGCCUCGACGCAUUGACUCCGGCUCAUAUCGCCCCGACUUACCCCUGACGACAUUUGCACCUUCUCUCCCACGAGACCUCCUCUCACCAUCACAAUCACCAUCAGACGGACGAUCCGUGCCCAGUCAUCAGCCCACUCCUUGCAUUCGAUCGAGUCAUCCAGCAAACAUGCCGUCCUUGAUCAAUGGCAAGUUCCAGCUGCCAGCUCUCGACCUCAAGUUCGGCUCCCUGACCGAGGGCACCGAUAUACCGCCACCUCUGCCGUCGCCCAUAGAAGAGGAGAAACCAGAAGCCCCAAAGCCAGCAGCCGAGGACGCCGCGAAGUCCUCCACCGCGACCAAUGGCACCUCGCCAGCUGUGACCAACGCCAACGGCACCAAGCGGUCCGCAGAGGACGUGCCUCUACCCAGCUCUCCAACCUCCAUCAGGACCGGGCAGGGCAGCAUCCGACGUUUGUUGAGCCGCAACCGACUAGACUCGGCCUAUGCUAACGGAGACACCGCAGCAGGAGAUGCUGGCGUACAGGCCCUCAGGAAACCGGACAGCCGCCCCACCAGCCGCAGCAACGCCAGCGUCACUACCGAAAAGCAGUCCAAGCGAGCCUCUGGCUUCUUUCGCCGCUUCCGGAGCUCCCAUGACGCGACAGACAACACCCGCCCGAGCAGACUUUCCACCUCGAACGAGAACGAGAAGCCCGGCAUUUCCAGUCCCAAGUCGAGGGGGCCGCCGCCCCCCAUGAUCCCGGAAUUCAAGGCCCUGGGGUCCAAGGUCGACCUUGACGGCGAACAGGGCAGUUUGGGAGACGACCUCUUCAAGAACAUAAAGUAACGACCCGUUAUGCGACACAACCAAGACGGGGCGCACCUAGUCCCACACACUCCGUGCGCCUGAUGGACAAAAGGCCCGAGAUACCGCUUGUUUUCAUCCUUUUUUUUUUCUCUUUUAAGAAGCCUCUCGAAUCUUCGUCUGUCGGAUUUGGAUCGAGUUUGCAUUUGCCUGCGUCGGAAUUGCUGCGAUUACUGGACUUGGGGACGAAAGUUUGAGAUAUGUGGCCCGAGAUACCCAGCUCGCCCUAUUGCGGGUUUAUUCACACCUACACAUUACGAAAUUUCUUUUAUCCGCUACACGACAUUUAACUACCUAUGCACCCCAUUUUCUCUUCUUUCUACGUUGGCGCCCUGGCUGUCCAGGGCUCUUUGGAGUUGUGUUUGAGACUUUUUGAUACCUCGAGGCUGAACGCCCGCGCGCGAUACGGAGGAAGAUGGCGAGAAUGGAAAGGGAGGUGCGGAUCGAGGAGAUGCAGGUGUUUUUGACGCAUGGUCGCACCUUGACUGCGUUCUGGCCUGUAUCUGGAGGGAGAGAGAAUUCGAAAUUGGGAAGUCUUCUUGUCAAGGAGUACAUUUUUCGUGUCCCGCUUUGUUAGGACUUAUUGAUGGACAAUGUUUCCGAAAAAAAGAGGGAAUCCAAAGAGCACGAGUUAAUAAGAGGGGUCGAUCAUCCCAGGGGCUCAGAAUGCCCCUUCACAUGCCAAACCUGGAAUAAGAAUACCAGUUCUGCUGCGCGAGCUGAGUCUGAUGGCUAAAAAGUACGCUGUGCGAUGAUGGAGUUGACAGCGAUCAUACAAUACCGCCGAUGUGGAUUGGUUAGCGCUUGAUGUCGAGAUGCAAGUGGAACGUUUUACGAAAUGGUCAAUAACCCCACUGUUCGCAGCACUCGGCCCCAUCCACAAGGAGUAGGGGACUUGAAGAGCAAUUGGCUCAUGGCAAGUAAGCAAGCGGCCUCGGAAGACAAGUAGCUGCUGGUUGACGAGAUGGGUUCAUCGCACACACGUUCAAACAAAGAUGGGGAUCGAGGCAGGACUGGUUUCCUUCGCCCCGAGUCGAUACUAUCGGAGCCCUGGAUGAGCUCUCGCUCAUCGCAGUUAAUUAGGAAUAGGCCCACCCUAUAACGUCACGCAAACAAGAUAUCGAGGAAACAUGCG